AUGCCUUCUGCCACAGGUUCAAACUGGGAGAAGUACAAGAAAAACUUCGCCGAUGACGAAGUAGAAGAGAAGAAGAUCACCCCGCUCACAGAUGAGGAUAUCCAAGUGCUAAAAACAUACGGUGCUGCGUCUUACGGCGCUGCCAUCAAGAAGCUCGAGCAACAAAUAAAGGAAAAGCAACAGAGCGUAGAUGAGAAGAUUGGCGUGAAGGAAUCAGAUACCGGCCUGGCGCCGCCUCAUCUUUGGGAUGUUGCCGCCGACCGUCAACGGAUGUCGGAAGAGCAGCCGCUUCAAGUAGCGCGAUGCACCAAGAUCAUCCCGGACGAGAAGGACGAAUCGAAGAGCAAAUAUGUCAUUAACGUCAAGCAAAUUGCCAAGUUUGUCGUCCAGCUCGGCGAGCGCGUCAGCCCGACAGAUAUCGAGGAAGGGAUGCGCGUUGGAGUCGACCGGAACAAGUACCAAAUUCUCCUUCCGCUCCCGCCCAAAAUCGACGCCAGCGUGACUAUGAUGACGGUCGAAGAGAAGCCCGAUGUCACAUACGGCGAUGUUGGUGGCUGCAAGGAACAAGUCGAGAAACUACGCGAGGUCGUCGAGAUGCCGCUGUUGUCGCCCGAGCGCUUUGGCAAUCUGGGCAUUGACCCACCGAAGGGUGCUCUCCUCUACGGCCCCCCCGGUACCGGCAAAACCUUGUGUGCACGUGCCGUGGCCAACAGGACAGACGCGACCUUCAUUCGCGUCAUUGGCAGCGAGCUGGUCCAGAAGUAUGUUGGUGAGGGUGCCAGGAUGGUUCGCGAACUCUUCGAGAUGGCACGGACAAAGAAAGCAUGCAUCAUCUUCUUCGACGAAAUCGACGCUAUCGGUGGCGCGCGUUUUGACGAUGGUGCCGGAGGUGACAACGAAGUGCAGAGAACCAUGCUGGAGCUGAUCACCCAACUGGACGGAUUUGAUGCUCGGGGCAACAUCAAAGUCAUGAUCCACGCCAAGAGCAUGUCGGUUGAGCGCGAUAUCCGUUGGGAGCUUAUCUCGCGUCUGUGCCCCAACGCUACGGGCGCCGAGCUGCGUAGCGUGUGCACUGAGGCUGGCAUGUUCGCCAUCCGGGCGAGGAGGAAGGUUGCGACUGAGAAGGACUUCCUGAGCGCGGUCGACAAAGUCAUUAAGGGCAACCUUAAGUUUAACUCGACCGCUGCGUACGCGCAGUACAAUUAG